AUGGCGUGGCCAUCGAGAUCAUCUGACCUCAAUCCCAUCAAACGCGUGUGGGAUGCUCUUGGAAAAGUCAACCCCAGAAUGGUCAAGAGCUGGACGCAUGGUACAGCAAUGGGGCAGGUUGCAGAUGCUCAUGCUGGUUUUUGGGUUCCUUAUGGUUCGAUAUUUCACCAUGUUCAGAAAUGGGGAAACGUUUCUGCAAUGCAGAAAGGAUGUGAAAUAUGCUAUGUGCAGUACGAAGACAUGAAGCAGGAUUGUGUGGCUCAAGUAAAACAGAUAGCGGAGUAUCUCGAUUGCCCCCUUUCUGAAACAACGUACCAGGACAUAGCGGAUGCUUGCUCAUUUGAGAAUCUCAAAACUGCAUGUGAGAAUAACAAAGAUCAGACCUACCACAACCAUUGGAUAGACGGAUCAAGUGGGUUUUUCAGGAAAGGGCAACCUGGCGACUGGAAGAACUGGUUCACUGUGGCACAGAGUGACGAAUUUGAUCGACAAUACGAACUGGAGAUGAAGAAACAUCCUUACUGUGGAUGUCCAGUAUAG